UUUAAGAAAGAUAAACCAUUUAAAUAGCAAUUGAGUUUUCUACGAAAUGCAUCGUCACAAAGAUGAAAGCAGGGCUGUUAUUUUUAGCUCAUUAAAAGUUGACAUUUUGGAGAGCCAGUACAUGCAGUGACUAAGUUAGUUGCAGGCCGUCCACUGAACAGUGACGACACAUAUCUCAGAGUGAAAUACUAUCUGUGUGGUUUUAAAUCAGUCUGUUGAUGGCCAGUGUGUUUCCAGUGGGCGCUUGCCCUCUCCUCUCCUCUCCUCUGCUCUGCUCUGCCGUUGCGCUGGACGGGGCUGGUCCUCUGCCUGGGACUCUGUGUGGCGAUUGGAGAUUCCAGGCCGGGCCCCGGAGCCUCCCCCCUCUGACACACUUUCAGCGCUGCACCACCAGCAUGACUUUCAUUGCUCUCCAAGGGCGGGUGGUGCACCUUCAGGAAAAAACAAACAAAUAUGGAGGCUGUAGGAGUGCAAGUGUACAGACCCUGCUCAUUUGACUGUUUCAGCCCAUCGGACCAGCACAGCUCCUCCAAACCCCCGCUGAGCUCCUCGGCCAUGACAUCACGCAUCCUGCUGCGGCAGCAGCUGAUGCGGGAGCAGCUUCAGGAGCAGGAGCGGCGGGAGCAGCAGAGACAACAGGCCUCCCAGUACCCACAAACCACUGCGGCCCAGACCCCUGCCAUCAAUGUCAGUGUCCCCGCCAGUCUACCGCCUGCCGCCCAGGUGCCAAUGGAGGUGCUCAAGGUCCAGACUCACCUGGAGAACCCAACCAAGUACCACAUCCAGCGCUCUCAGCAGCAGCAGGUCAAGCGGUACCUGGGAAAGCUUGGCUCUCAGGUGUUGAGCUUGCCCUGCCACAACCAGUCCUCUGACCACGGGGGCAUGCCGCCAGGGCCGGGCAACAGCGCCCCCAACAGCCCUAUGGCCCUACUGACCCUGAACUCUAACUGCGAGAAAGAGAUGGAUGAUGUCAUUGACGACAUUAUUAGUCUGGAGUCCAGUUACAGUGAUGAUAUCCUCGGCCUGAUGGACCCAGGACUUCAGAUGGCUAACACGAUCCCAGUGAAUGCUAACCUCAUGGACAUGUACGGAAAUCAGGGUAUGUCCCAGCAAGGUCUGCCCAUCAGCAACUCCUGCCCUGCCAACCUGCCCAACAUCAAAAGGGAAUACUCUGUUUCACAAUCCCCGGCCAUCAUGCAUAUGCUGGAUAAAUCUGGAUCCUGCGGUAAAUUUGACAACUAUCAAAGGCCUGAAGGGUUCCCUGUUGAAGCUGAGGUAAGAGCGAUGGCAAAAGAGAGGCAGAAGAAGGAUAACCACAAUCUGAUUGAGAGGAGACGACGGUUUAACAUCAAUGAUCGAAUCAAGGAAUUGGGCACUUUAAUUCCUAAAUCCAAUGACCCGGACAUGCGCUGGAACAAAGGCACCAUCCUGAAGGCAUCAGUAGAUUACAUCAGGAAACUACAGCGGGAACAGCAGAGGGCCAAGGAGCUGGAGAGUCGCCAGAAGAAGCUCGAACAUGCCAAUCGACAUCUGAUGUUGAGGAUACAGGAGUUAGAGAUGCAGGCGCGAGCUCACGGUCUGGUCAUAACCUCUUCAGCACUCUGCUCUUCUGAACUUGCGGCUCGGUCCAUUAAGCAGGAGCCCGCUUUGGAGGACUGUCGCCAGGACCUGUACACACUCCACCCUCAUCACCAACACCACCCAGCCUGCACUCCAGAACCACCCAGUGCCCUGGAGCUGAACGAAGGCCACGCUAACUUCCCAGAGGGCCACUACAGCGUUCACGGCAAGCCAGGCUCCAAACUCAACGACAUCCUAAUGGAAGACAACUUAUCACCGGUGAGAGGGGGGGACCCUUUGCUCUCAUCCGUCUCCCCAGACACCUCAAAGGACAGCAGUCGUAAGAGCAGUGUAAGCAUGGAUGGAGAUGAGCAGGGCUGUUAGCACCCCCUACUGGAAGACACCUCACCUGCAUCUCCAACCGUCUCCAUCCUGCUGCAAGUGUCCCUGUCCACAGCUAACACACUCCCAGCUGCAGGAGAGGCUUUCUGUUUGUGUCAUUUGUUUGUUGUUUUUUUUUUUUCUCCCCCACCGGCGUUUACAUGUAUUGAAUCUUUUCCAUUCAUGUUUUUUUUGUUAGUUUAUGGCUGAUAUCUUUUGUUUUUUCAAGCACUCAACCUUGAUUUCAAGGACUGAUUACAAUGUUUGCUUUAAUCAAUACUUCGAUGACAAUGAGUUACAAAAAUAGAAGUUUUUAUAUUUAAAAAAACAACUCAUCUUUGGAUAGAGGCUAGAUUAUGUUUAUUUCUAUUGAUUCCAAAGAAUCUAGGGAAGUUAUAAAUCAUGGUCAGACAUGUAGAUAUUUUGUGUUGAAAUGAACACUGCUUUUUAAAUCACUAGCAAUAAUAGUACAAAAAAGUCUAUUUAUUACUAUAGUGCUUUACACUCCUUGUGUCUUAGAUUGAACUUGAAUGUGCCAAUGCCUUAUUAAGAUGUGUAUACAUCAAUGUUGUAUUGCUAUGCACAUUUUUUGGCUGUUAGCUGAGUCUUUUGCAGUCUUCCAGUUGAAAUUUCUUCCUUGACAAAUAUUAAUCAUUUGUAGAAUUGAUCUUAUUUAUGUAUCUUUGUAAACAGGACGUUAAGUAAACAUUCCCCCGAAAAUGUAUUUAUAACAAGGCAUUUAAAAAAAAGCCUUUUUGAAAUAAUUAAUGAUAAGUAAAAGCACAUUAAAAAUAGGAAGCUAAGAUGUCUUAUUUGAGAAAGUUAAAAUUUAACAAAUGCUGCAUUGGUAAUGGCUGAUUUUAGGCUUUUAUUCAUCGCCAUAAUGAGCAAGAAGCAGCACAAUACUCUAGUAACAAGAGAGAAAAGUCAAGUUUCACCAUACUGUUGUAACGUUUAAUCAUCCAUUGUUGACUUCUUUGCAGUGUGUACCAGAUAUACAUUCCUCACUGCCAAAAGCACGGAAAUACUUUUUUUAAAAAAAAGAUUUGUUUAUAAUGCAGUCUCAGAACAAGUAAAAUCUUAGCACAAAUCAAAAUUAAAAAGCCUAUUGUAGCUCUGACACACGCACAAGAAGCUGAUGAUAGAUCUGAUUGUUACAUAAUUCUAUAAAUCUUUCAUAGAUGAUUACUGCAAGAUGAAGAUUAAUCUUUUUUUUUUAUUGUAUUCUUGUCUGUAGUGUUCAGACUAACAUAACUGGUAAAAUUGCUACUAGUUUAGCACACAGUGUAAUACUUCAGAUACAAGUGCUGAGUUUUUAUAAUUGUCCAUCCAUUUCCUAAAUUAUUUUCUUUUUUUUACACCACUGUGGUGACAUUUCACUUUCAGGAUCUUUUUUUUCCAUUAUGUGAACAUUUAUAUUGCCAAGGAGUAUAAGGAGACUGCUUUGGGAUUUUGUAUGAAAUGCAUGACAUUGUCAAAACACUGGAAUGACCUCUGUAAUUUGAAACGUGGUUUGUUCGCCUUUUUUUUUUUAUCUAAGCAUUAACUAACUAUUGUAUUUGGCUUUUCAAAUGCAUACAGAAUGAUGUAUGAGAUUGUAGAUUCUUUAUGGUGUACAGUUGUUGUAUAUUUCAGCAGCUUGUUUUCAACAGUUGUAGCAAGUAUGCCUUUGUUAAUAACUACCUGCCAUACAAUGAGAGCCCUCUUUCAGCACAGCCUCCAUUCUGUUAAACUAUGCAAUGGUUGAAGUUGUGCCUGCAGAGCAGCGUCAUAUCUCGACAAUGUGACUUCCUUAUGAAUUAGUCUAAAACAGUGUCAAAGUAAUUAUCUUUAUAAUUGAUUUAAGUGCCUUACAGUCGUUUCUGUUACCCUGGUGAUGUGAGAGGAGUUGUACACAGUGAUGCAAAUUUUUGGUUGAUGUUUAUACUGGUGUUUGGUGCUUCGUGGAUUAACUGAAGAGUGCCAAAGUUGUUUAAAAAGCAGUAGGAAAGGGCUGUUUGUCAGUACAAGAUAACACUAAAAGUCUUUCAGAGGUAAGAACUACAAAAAAUAGCUUGAUAGUUUGAAAUGAUGGAACCCCAAAGUGUUCAGUACUAAAUAAGGCAUAAUGAAUAAACCACAAAAGUAUAUACAGUAAAAUAUUUAAGUAAACCAAUGAAUUUUAAAAUAAUUAAAUUUUUAA